AUGGAGCCGCCCAAGAGGCAGCUGGCCCUGACGGGAGCCGGCGCAGGCCGGGAGGAGGCGAAGCGCCUGCGCGUCGGGGUCGCCAACCCCAGCGCCGCCGGCUGGCAGGCGCCGACAUCGCCGGCGUCGCCGGGGACGCGGCUCAUGCGGCGGACCGUGCUCGUCGUGCUCUUUCUACUGCGAAUGAGCGACGGGAUCACGGUGACGGAAAGCAUCUCCCAGAUUGGUCGCAUGGUUCAGAGGAAGAUGGAAGGGUUUCAAAAGGUUCAGGCUCUUAUGAUGCGCCAAUUGGAAAAUUUCGAGGAGAAGAUGGAGGCCAAAUUGGAAAAUUUAGAGGAGAAGCUGGAGGGCAAAUUGGGAAAUUUAGAAGAGAAGAUGGAGAGCAAGAGCCAGGAAGUGAAGGAGUUGGCACGUUUUCAUUCCAAUAGACACGCUGAUAAACACCCAAGAUCAGAACCAUAUCAGGAGGGUGCCACUUUGAGUGAACCGAAUGCCAACAUUCGCCUGCGUUUCCUGGAUGGCCUGAAGACUCCAAUUUACACAGACAAGAUUAUAGCAUCUGAGAGCAAUGCGGCUAUCAGGAUUGGCGUCUUUGAUGGUGACAAAAUGAUCAAUGAAGGCCCGCUUUCCAAGGCGAAAGUUGAGAUCCUGGUUCUCCGUGGCGACUUCUGCAGUGACGGUCAGGAGAGUUGGACUGAAGAGGAGUUCAACAGCCACAUAGCGCAAGGCCGGCACAGGCAAGGGUCAGUGCUGGGGGGCGAUUGCAGUGCGUGGUUGAACAAUGGGGAGGCAUCAUUGGGAAAAAUCUGCUUCAGAGAAGGAUCAUCCAGGACUCCCAGUAGGAAGUUCAUCGUCGGAGGAAGAGUAUGCACGAACAGGAAGAUCGGUGGUAUUCGAGUCCAGGAAGCUGUCAUGGAGCCGGUCACUGUGCUGGAUCGUAGAAAUGAAGCAAAUGAGAAGAGGCACCCUCCAAGAUUGGACGAUGAAGUCUAUCGCCUGGAAGAAAUCUCCAAAGAUGGAAUUUACCACAGGAGGCUUAAGGAUGCUCAGAUAUUCAAAGUUGAGGACUUCCUUAAGGCUUUGAAUAAAGAUGCAGACGAGCUCCGUGAAAUGGUCCUCCAGAUCAAGAAGCGCAGUAACGCUUGGGAAAGAAUGGUUAAGCAUGCCAGGGAAUGCUGCCUCGCAGACAGGCCCGAGCUCAAAGCAUAUCACAGUGUAGAUGGGAAUGUAGUGAUCUUCUUCAAUUGCGUGCAUGAUCUUGUUGGAGCAAUUUUUUAUGGUGUUUACAUUUCACGGGACAAUUUUGAUCCGGCUAAGAAGGCUCAAGCGUAUGAGUUGAAAGAGUGUGCGCGCGGUCAGUUGGACAUCCUCCCGUUUGACUAUGUGAUGAAUGGCAAUCUUCCUGAACAAGUUCCCUCUAGCACACAUUCUACUCUGGAUGCAGCAUUCAUUCUUGGGCCGGAUGCCGCGCUUCAACCAAAUGAAAACCAGUUGCAGUACAGGAUCAACAAUAUCACUGAACCAUCUCACCAGAAUGAGUAUAUUCAUGGUGAUCAGAGCACAGUUAACACACAUUAUUACCAAGGAGAAAGUAUUCUACCAGUUGGUCAGCAGCAACCUACAAUUUUCACUGGUGAAUUGCUACACUGGCCCUAUGAAAGAUCAGGUCAAGUGAACAUCCAUAGCCAGAUGCAAGCUCCCAUGUCCAUGGAUGGCGGAAGUGUCAUGCAGGCAUCAACCUCUGUUCAGCACAACCUUCUGUCACAACAAUUUGCUCCUACUCAAGUCCAAGAAAGUAUGCAUGGGAUCCAUUACUCUGAGAAUCCACCUAACCAUGCCGUUGGACCAUCGACAUGGCACGAUGAUAUUAUCCCUGCACGGGAGCCUAGUGCCAAUCUAUUUCCCGGACCGGAUUAUGGGAACUUCUAG